CAAUGGAUGGAUCUGGUUUGUAUCUUUUCUUAUCUUCAAAAUUGCCUUCCUGCAAGAAAAUUCUCUAGCUUCAAAAGGCCACACAGCAGAAACACAAAGCCCUCUACUCUUCACAGGGAAAUGUUACAAAAUCCCAAACCCCUCCAAUCCUCCAUUAAGCUCCAUUCUCCAAUACCACCCACACAUUUCCCAAUCAUCAAACAAUGCUGCAAGUUGUCUCGCAGAGAGAUUGCAAUUUUCAGCAAUUCUUCAUUGCUUCUUCUUCUCAGCUCUCAAUCUUUGGAACCACUUUACCUGUCAAAAGCAAGAGCUGAAGAAAAUUUUCCAGGAGCCAGUAAAAGUGAUCAGCAAGAAGAGAAAACAGGAAGUAGUCCAAACUGCAGCAACCAAACUGCAACGAAGAGAGCAUUUCUUGAUAUAUCCAUUGACGGAGAACCUGUUGGCCGCAUUGUUGUUGGAUUAUAUGGAGAGGGUGUUCCAGCUGGAGCUGCUAGGUUCAGUAAUCUUGUGAGUGGAGCUGCUGGAAUUAGCUACAGAAGAAAAGAGUUCAUCAAAAUCAUGCCAAAUUAUGUGCAACAUGGUGGGGUGAGAUCUUAUGGUGUGGAUGCCGAGCUUGCAAGUAGAAAAGGAAGUAAUUUAGCAGUUGAAAGCCUCACAGAUGAAUGGGAGAGACAGAAUGAGUGUUCAGGGAUCAAGAAUUCAGCUGGAAGUGUUAGCAUAAUUGUGAGGGAUCCAUUGAAACCUCCUCCAAAGUUGAAGUUGAUUGCAAAAAAGGGGAAGUUAGAGAUUGAUCAAGAACAGGUGGGAACUGAUCCAAAUGGUACAGAAUUUGUAAUCGCCACAAGGGAUUCACCAGACCUGGAUGACUCAAAUCUGGUGAUUGGAAGAGUACUAGAAGGAAUGGAGGUUGUGGAGAGAAUUGGGGAAGUGAAGACAGUACAAGAGAAUACUGGUUCCCCCUAUUUCAGAGUUGCAAAGCUUAUAGGAGACAAGAGGGCAGUUGUUGCAGAAAGAGGCUUUAACAGACCCUAUUCAAAGGUGAUUGUCACUAAUUGUGGCUUGCUGGAAUAACAUCAAACGCUUCUUGUGCAACUUGUCUUUCCUGUUUUCCUCAAUGAACACAGUACAAUUUCAUGUGAUAAUAAAUUCUAUUGCUAUUCCUUCAAAAACCUCACAACAGUAUUCAAGAAAGCAAUCUAUUCUAGCAAUGUUAAAGAUUUCAAUUCGCAAAAUACUUUAUGUAAAAUUGAAUGGAAGCUACCAUUUAAAACCUA